CCGAACAUACAUCACUUACUUAUUUCAUCAACGAGGAACAAUUAAAACGCUAUGAAAACCCACUUUCUCGGCACAGAACAGGUAACCAUUCAAUUAUCUUUCCGCUCUUUUGUGUUUUCUCGUGUCGCGACGUCACAGUGCGCGCUCCAAGAUCGAUGGUGUGAGACGGCGGGCCGGUAAAAAUAAAGCGUUAGAAAUGACUGGGGUGAGGCAGAAUGGCGGGGGUUGAGUGAGCGCCCUACUAGGGGCCGCACCCUUUGAUUCACUUUGUUGUGGUUCGCACGGUGUACUCCACCUGCUCAACAGGACGAGUGCAUUUUUUUGUGUCUCGCGUGCGACCUUGCAACUCCUGCUGACGUAACACUAUCCACGUAACUACGAUGUCGACCGCGGUUUCAGAUACAAUAAACUACAAUGAACUUUGCCCCGUUCACUGGGCAUAUUCCGACGGCGGCAGCGAUCCCCUCUAUCCACCAGUUCGCCGCAAAGUUUGGAUAUGAAGGGACCGGGAGCAGUUCUGGCGGAGUGCUACAGGAGACGCGGUACCAGGCGUCAGGAAGUGGCGGCGCCGUGCAGUUCGCGGUAGCGCCGGCGGGCGGCGUGCCCGCGGACGGAGUCAAGUUUCGGCAAGCGGAGAGUGUGGUGGUAGUCAGCAGCGCGCAGCCUGGGACUGUGGCCUUGGCAGGGAUCGCGCCCAUACACACAGUGAACACUGGUGUCAAGUACCAAACAAUAUCGGCGACGUCGUCCGUGAACCUGGGCAACAUCGCGUACGGCGGGCAGGCCAGCUACGUGCAGGCGGAGACUGUGCACCAGCAGCUGAAGGCGGAGCAGCGCGCCGACAAGCGCGAGUACCGCGAGGAGCUGCACCAUGACCUCAUGGCCACCAUGAUGCAGCAACAUCAGGGUAUCAACGUGAGCCAAGCUCCCCUUCAGCAAGGCACGCAGCAGCUGCUGGUGGUGCUGCACGAGCCGAAGGAGGCGGCUGCCCUGGCGCGCGCCAUCAAGCAGGAGGGCAGGACCGACCGAGCUGGGGCCACCGCGCCCGCUGAGUUCAUCAGCAUCGGCGACGUGACGGACAGCUCGACGUGGCAGACGCUCGGCGGCAGCGGCGUCGCGGACUACCUGUCCACGUUGCCGCUGCCGCUGCACCACCUGCUCAAGUACUCCACACCGAUCACCAAUAUAGUGGAGAAGAGAGAGGAACAGCCCACUAUAGUCACUGCUGUUAAUACCAACGGCUUAAAUGUCAUGCCCAACAUUGCUACGAUGCCUUCGAAUGUGAACAGCGUGGUCGUUCAAACAGCGACGAUAGUGAACCAGACCGUGAACUCAAACACGAGCACCGUCAUUAUGUCCAAGAAGAAAAAGAAGAAGAAAUCUCUGAAGGAGAAGAAGCCAAGACCUAAACCGGGAGAGAUACGACUCACUACUGCUUUGGACGGCAGUACAUUGUACUGCUGCCCUGAGUGUCACAUGGCGUAUCCCGAACGUGAACUGUUGGAGCAGCAUCUGGUUGGACACACCAUGGAAAGAAGGUUUAUCUGCGACAUUUGCAACGCAGCGCUAAAGCGCAAGGACCACCUGACUCGCCACAAACAGUCGCACAACCCCGAGCGGCCGCACGUCUGCUCCGUGUGUCUGAAGGCCUUCAAGAGGAAGGAACAACUCACGCUGCACUUCGUCAUCCACUCCGGCGAGAAGAGGCACGUGUGUAAUGAAUGUGGGAAAGGUUUCUACCGCAAGGAUCACCUCCGCAAGCACACGCGGUCGCACAUAGCGCGGCGCGUGAAGGCCGAGCUGUCGCAGCAGGGCUCGGCGUCGCCGCCGCUGGCGCACGCCGUGCCCGCGCCCGCGCCCUCCUGACCAGCCGACGACAAGCACGACCUCCUCACACUCAUCGCCGCAGCUAAGGACGCCUUUUGACUCGAGUAGACGUGUUACUCGAGUAACACAAACGUUGUAGUAUGUAGGGUGUGAUUCGAGUGGGUUUAUUAGCUAGUUAUAACAUUUACCUAUUGAGGUAAGGUAGCUUGGGUAAAAUGCUGCAUAUUCUAGAUGCAAAUUCAAAUAUGAUGGGAUGGAUUCAUCAAAACGCUGUCUGGAUUUUUUAAUAUUACCAAAGACAUACGUUAUUUGCGAUUAAUAGGUUCAUCGAACGUGAUUACGUACCGAUAACUGCGCCACUCUUAGCCUUCGCAAAAGAACAAGUGUUAUUAGAUACAAAUGGGUAACUACAUGAAUAGGGUUAGAUGCUACUUAUACCGCGCAUUUUAGUAGCUAGUUAUAUAAGUAUUCUAGUAUUUUAGUGGCCUUACCCUUAAAAUGUAAUACCGUUUCAGUGAUAAUAGGGAGAAAAUAGCAUGUCAAAUUAGAUUUAAGACUCGAAUCAACCCGCCAUUCCGCAACGAGAGUAUCUUAGAUUAGAAUUAGAGCCAAUAGUUAGACCAGCCAGUUUUGUGCACUAUACCUAAGAGUAAUUAUUCAAAGCAAUAUUGAUUAGUAAUGUAUCAAAGACAAACUGUAGUUAUGUUUUGAGCUCACUUUAGCCAAUUAGAUGCUUAAGGUAACAUAUGUGAGAUUCUUUAUUAAACUGCCAUAUAAAAGUUUUUGAAUUAACGUUUUAUUCUUUGCACACAAACUAGGGAACAGUUAACCCGUAGUAUAAUAGCGUUUAUUUAUUGCGGCAUAAGGCAUAGUAAAAAUUAUGAAUGAACAGGAAUAGAGGUGUCUCUCUCGCAAUAUUUUUCUUGGUAUGAUUGAAAGGAAUUGAACAUUGUAAGGAAUAUAUAUCGAGUCUUUUAAACAAAGUAUUUUCAGUAGACAAGUUAUGGAGAAUUAGGGAUCGAAGACGGUGACGUAAAUUACGAGAUGUUUGUAAAUAAGAAUACAUCUCUAUUUUCAAUCGAUUGUACCUAAUGUACCUAUAUUAAACGCUUAUACCGUAAAACGGGGUGUAUAGAAGUGUUUGAUUUUUGGGAGGUCGCAUGCGUAAAAAGACCUACAUAAAAAUUAAACACAAAUAUAUAUAAAAAUGUUCAUAUAAUCACUUUAUUUUGGCUCGGACCGGAUAUUUUGAAACGUCUAAAUCUUUAUAAAAUCUCUAUUUUUAUUCACCCCGUUUUACCGUACC